UAAUUAUUAUACUCAAUAUUCAGAAGAGAUGAUCAACAUAAUUAUUUAUAAUAUUAGGGUAAAAAAGUCUACCAUCACGUAUCCUCUUGCAAAUCAAAAUCACUUGCAGAUGUGUUACAAUCGCAACACAGAAAUUAACACAAUACACAAUUAAGAAGUGGUAGAAGUAUGCAUGGUAUGUAGACUAUAAUAAAUCGGCCAUGAAAACUCUGACACACCCAAAAAGCAUCAAAGCAAUCAACUCAUUCUGCUAUAAGAUAUACACUACUUAGACUGUAUACACCAUUGGCUGUUAGUAUGGCCAAGACACAAGACCAUGAACAAGAGUACACCUUUCGAAAUGUAGAACUCCUCAAGAACGAAACCUUUGGUAUAGGUUCCUAUGGGUCAGUGUGUAAAGCCAAAUGUGACCAGCUCAUUUGUGCUGCCAAGCUACUCUAUCCAGUGCUCUUCCAAAUGACUGCUCCCGAUCCAGUCAAAGAACAUAGUCACCCGUUUAGAAGAUUUGAAACAGAAUGUGCAUUUCUGAGUCGCAUCAACCACCCCAACAUCGUACAGUACUUGGGGACCUAUUACGAUCCUGACACAAAUGCACCAGUUCUUCUCAUGGAACUCUUGGACGAGAGCCUGACACACUUCCUGGAGUCAUCACCUGGAGACAUUCCCUACCACAUCCAAGUCAACCUCUCCUACGACAUAGCUCAAGCAUUAGCCUUUCUGCACUCCAAUGGGAUAAUCCAUCGCGACCUCUCCAGCAACAAUGUUCUACUUAUUGCAGGAAGUCGAGCCAAAGUCGCUGAUUUUGGAAUGUCCAAAUUCACGGACAUAAAUGUCACUCAACUAGUCACAAUGACCACGUGCCCGGGAACACCAGCCUUCAUGUCUCCUGAGGCACUAAACGAACCACCAGUGUACACAGAGAAACUAGACAACUUCUCAUUUGGUGUGCUUCUAGUUCAGAUUACAACUCGACAGUUUCCAAAGCCAACAGAUCGAUUUGAAAUAAGGGAACUAGUUGAUCCACGGUUUCCGAACCAAGCAAUUCGAGCCAAUGUUCUUGUGCCCGAGAUAAAGAGACGACAAGCCCACAUUAGCCUGAUCGAGUACCCUCUAUUACUGCAAAUAGCACAUCAUUGCCUCAAAGACAAAGAUGUUGAACGACCAUCUUCCCAACAGCUUUGCCAAACACUGAGUGCUCUCAAGAUGACAGCCAGGUACCAAGAAAGCUUCCAACAAGACCUGAACCUGAUAAUCAGAGAUAAUGAAGAUUUACAAGCAAAUUUACAGCUUAUGGCAGAAAAAGAUGACCAGAUUAGAGCUAAAGACCAGCAACUACACACAAAGGACGCCGAAAUUGGUCAGCUUGCUUUAAAACUACAAGCAAGUGAAGAGAUGAUAAUACAUAAAAACGAGCUGGCACGUAUCAAGUGCAUUGAAAUUGAUCAGUUUGCCACACAAUUAGAUCAAGCAACGAAAGAAUUUCAAACUCAAAAACACAAGGCUAAAGCGAUGGAGAAACACCUGAGGAGAUUCAACAAAGAGAUACAGUCAUGUGACGAGAACACUGCUUCUCUCCGACAAACCAUGGAUCAACGAGACAGAGAAGUGACUGAACUGAGACACACGUUAGCAAGCAAGAACGAGGAAAUUAACGAUCUAUCGACUCGAAUACACCAAGUUGCACUGCAACAAGCUAAAGAUACAUCAAUAAAACGUGUUAUAAUAAUGAGGUGGGAGUCACUACCUGAUGCACCUGUAGAUAUAAUUUACGGAUCGUCAGCCGUGGUUGGAGACAUGGCAUACUUCAAUUACGGGGAGAGUAAAAAUGUGUACGAGUUCAGCAAUAAUGAGUGGCAAGAGUUACCACUUUGCCCUAACAGUGACUUCACUAUUGUCAGUGUCAAUAAUAGGCUCACAACUGUGGGAGGACGUUCAGACACACAAUUCUUUAGUAAUAAAGUCUACAGCUACAUUAGCAACAAAUGGGUAGAACACUUCCCUCCCAUGCCAACCAGACGGUGGAGACCUGGAGCUGUGUACGCUAACAACACACUUUUAGUGGCUGGGGGAUAUUUUGAUUCAAAAAAACUAACUACUGUAGAAAUAUUCAACACUGCUAACAUGCAAUGGUCUAUGGUUAGCUCAUUACCUGCGCCAACCACUCGCCCAUCAACAGUAAUCUGUGGAGACUACGUUUACAUACAUCCACGAGAAAAUGAGAUGUACAAAUGCUCAUUAACACAACUAUCUCAGUCCCAUCGAAGUUCAAGUAUAUGGGAGAAGAUUGCUGCUUUGCCAGUUAAUGCUUCCUCUCUUGUAACUGCUAAUGGCCACCUGCUGGCAGUAGGUGGGAGGGACUCUAAAGAGAGAAAACUGACUAAGGAAAUAUAUCAGUACAGCGCUAGCAUGACAUCAUGGGCUGUCGUUAGUCAAAUGUCAACACCACGAUCAGUAUGCCUUGUCGCUGCCCUCCCUGGGAACAAACUGAUGGUGGUGGGAGGGUUUGAUACACCCAAAAAAUGUGAAUUAGCUAGUUUUGUAUAAUCUCUCCCCUGCAGAAUUGAUUUUAGGCUUGUUUUUUGUUUGUCUUCUUUUUAUUGUUCCUGUAAGUUGCUGCUAUAUAGCCAAAAUAUUAUACUUAGUCUACUGUAUUUAUAAAACUCCUCUAUAAUUAUAUAAUUACUCAUGUCAGCCAA